AUGUCCCGCUUUGAUCAACCGAAACCUGUGGUUAAAGAAUUUCACGAUCCCUUGGCUUGCGAAUGGGACUUGGCUUUGCACUGGAAUUUCACGUCUGACGGACCGUUAAACGUGCCGGCGGGAAUUGACGAUGAGGAUGCUGGUGUGAAAAUCGGCCGUCACGAAAUCCUUAUUCGGCCGAACCCGUCUCCGGAUCCACGUCAGCUGGUCGUCAGCCAAUCGCUGUUGAGACUGCUGCAGGAGAACGAACGGCUGAGAUUGCUCGCGCAGGAGGACGGACGGCUGGCGUCGCUCCCCCCUCGCCGCGUUAUAGUCAUCACGCCGACCUACAAGCGAACUUUCCAACAGCUGCUCAUGCUAGGGUUGAUCAACUCACUAAAACGCGUACAAGCGCCGUUGCUGUGGGUGGUGGUCGAAGCGACCAAGACGGAAGAAACCGCACGGCUUAUCGCGAAGGCUACUAUCGGGGACAGCGGGGCGGAGAAUCCCGAGGUGGAAAUCGCGCAUCUGAGCGUGGAGGAGGAAAUGGCAGAGGAUUGGGACAAGCGGGUUCUGCUUGAGCAACGAAUGCGAGUCGUGGGACUAAGGUACGUUCGGGAGCACAGGCUCGACGGCAUCGUGGUCUUCGCAGACGACAGUUCAGUCUUCUCCCCGAAAUUCUUCGCCGAGGCUCAGCGCGUGCCCUGGUUCGGCGCAGGCUCGGUAGGCGUGCUGCUGCCGGUCGGGUUCCCCCAGCUUUUUGGGUCGGAAGAGCAGGCGGAGGAGCAGAGCAGUCAGGGGGAAGGGCUUGGGAGGAGAAGCAGGAAGAGCAAGAGGCGCGGGCAUGGGCGUGGUAGGCGCAUUACGAGCACUGACUCUAAUGAGGGUGAUAGUAACGAUGGUACUGGUGGUGGUAGCGGUGAUGGUGCUGCUGCUGCCGCUGGUGGUGGCAGUGGUGUUCGGAUUACUGAGGCAGCGGCAACGGCGGGGAUGGGGUUAGCGGUAGGAGGGGGAGCAGCAGAGAGUGGGGGAGGCGGAGAGGCGGGGAAAGAGACGGGCGCAGCAGCGGGAGCGGGCGGCGGAGCGGGUGGGGGAGAGGGUGGGGGGGCGCGGGGGGAAGAGCGCAAAGAACAAGAAGCAGCGAAACUGGUUUUAUCGGCGGGUGGUGGGGAUAGAGGAGAGGAGCUUCCUGAUUGGGUGCGAGGCUGGGAGGAAUGGGGCCCUGAGCUGGAACGAGGCCUGGAAAGAGGCUCGAAAGGAGGCCCGGAAGAAGAUUUGGAAACAGGUUCGGUGGCAGGCUCGGGAGCGGAGGGACGGCUGUUUGACCUGCUAGCCGCUGUGGUGCGGGACGAGAGGGAGGUUCGGCUGAUUGGUCAGUGUGGACGGCGCGUGCUCGUGUGGUGGUGGAGGGCUGAAGCGCGCCAAGACAGCAAGUUCCCCGCAGAGUGGGUUAUAUCACCGCAACUACCCAUCACUGUAGGGGAAUCUCAGCUUAUGGGCUAUGAAUCUGGCAGUGGAGUUAAACUGGUAAGGUGUUCCAGUGCUGAUGUGCUGUCAACAUUGGAUGGAGAAAUACAGUAA